AUGGCAAGGGAUCAACCUUUAUCAAAGACAUGUUCCAAGCACAAAGAGAAAAUUGACUGGUACUGUGAAGAUCAUAAAAUGAUAGGAUGCAACCGAUGCAUUUUCGCAGAGCAUCGACGCUGCAGUGUUGUAAUGACAACCGAGGAGUAUUUUGAAAUGCAGAAGGAAAACUCCAGACUAGAAGACAUGGACGAGUCUCUCGGAAAGGCGUUCAACUGUAUGGAACUGAUGGCUAAAGCUUGUGACGACAUGGCUGAUUCUAGGCAGCAAGACCAAAAUAAUGGCUUAAGCAGCAUUUCAGACCUACGGCAAAGAAUCAACAUCCAUCUCGACAAGAAACAGGAGGAGAUAACUCAAGAGUUAAUAUCAAAAUGCAAAGAUGAAAAAGCUAGGUUUGAUGUGUCCAAACAGAAGUGUAGUAGACUCCGGACUUCCAUUCAGAAUACAAGAGAAGCGUCCAGGACAGCAGCUCGGAUAAAUGAUCACAACGAGAUGAUACAACUGUACAAUCGCAGUCAGACAGAGAUUGGGGCGUGUAACGAUCUGAUCGACGACAUAUCAUCCUCCAAGUCAGUCAGUAUAAAACACGAUAUUGAUCCUAGUCUCGUCACAAUCGACCAGGCAAGCCCAUUGUCACUUGGAAGAAUACUUGUAUGGGAGAAACCGUGUCCCAUACCUGACGGGAUUGAGUACGUUCAAAACAAUGUCAUUCGAUCGAAUAGUCGCGUCAGGAAAUUAAGAAAAUGUAGCAUCGAGGCUACGUCAGAGGAAAAUGAUUGUACUGUUCAUGGAGUUUCGGUGAUGUCGAACGGCAACAUUAUUAUAAGUGAUCAUCAAAAUGAUAAUCUGAAGUUGUUUUCUUCUCAAGGACAGUGUUUGGAUGUUCUUAAAAUUAGUGGAUAUCCACAUGAUGUGUGUUUAGUGGAUGACUGCACAGUAGCUGUUGCUGUAUCUACUGACCAAAUCGGCAUACACGUCGUGAAAGUACAAGACUCUGUGCUGACACUGUCGACUGUUAUACAGAUGCCAACAACAUGCUAUGGUAUAGCGUUUAUCAAUGGAAAAUUCAUGGUGAGUACGCCAAAAGACAUUUAUAGAGUAGGAAUGAAAGGUGAAGCAGCUAAAUUUGACACAUUACCCGGAGAGUGCUACCACCUUGCCUUGAGUCCAAACGGAAAAGACGUAUUCGCCAGUCUGUCAAAGUCUGGAGCGGAUGACGUUGUGGUUAUCGAAAUGUCUAUUGGUGUGCAGGCAUGCGUAAUGCGUGUCGGUUUAGUCAAAGGGGCUAUGGGAAUAGACAUAGACCGUGAGGGGAAUAUGUACGUCUGCGGUUACGAGUCCAACAACGUUGUACAAAUGUCUACAUGUGGGACAAGGAUCAGAGAACUUCUGACGUCACAGGAUGGUAUCGACAAGCCCAGGGCUAUAUCUGUUUGUGGGGACAAACUCGUAGUUACGAAUCAAUCAUCACAAGAUAGGAACAAUAUACAUGUAUAUCAGCUCUACUGA